AUGAACCCAGAAAUAAACGUAAUUAAAAGCAGAAUUCUAGCAGCAAAACAGCAGUUACAACGAAAAGGAGUCUUCCCUUAUGAAUAUGUCGAUAAUUGGAGUAAAUUAGAUGAUACAUUUCUGCCAUCAAAGCUAGAAUUUUAUAACUCUUUAACAGACGAGAAAUUUAGUGAUGAAGAUUAUAUACAUGCUAAAAAUGUAUGGCAUACAUUUGAUAUAAAGACUUUAGGUGAAUAUAGCGAUCUUUAUUUAAAAACUGAUGUUAGCAUACUAGCCGAUGUGUUUGAAAAUUUUAGAGACUUAUGUUUAUCUACGCUCGAACUAGAUCCUGCUCAUUAUAUGACUGCUCCCGGGUUUGCUUUUGACUGUAUGCUGAAGUAUACCAAGGUCAAAUUAUCAAGGUUAAAGGAGUAUAACAUGUUGCUUUUCUUCGAAAAAUCAAUUAGAGGCGGGAUAUGCCAAUCAACCAAAAGAUAUGUUAAGGCAAACAUACCAAAUAUCGAAGGAUUGGACUAUAAUGCAAAUGAACCGAUCACAUGGAUUACAUAUCUCGAUUGUGUGAAUUUGUAUGGGAAGUCUAUGUUAACAGAAUUACCUUUUAAAGAUUUUGAAUGGGUUGACGAUCUCAACAUAGAUGUAACUAAAAUUGCUGAUGAUUCAGAAGUCGGAUAUAUAUUAGAAGUUGAUAUUGAGUAUCCUAAACAUCUACAUAAAUAUCAUAAUGAUUUCCCAUUUUUACCGUUUAACGAAUGUCCACCAAAUUCGAAAGUUGAGAAAUUGUUAACUACUUUAUCACCGAAAAAAAACUAUAUUGUACAUUACAAAAAUUUAAAACAAGCAAUUUCUCACGGUCUUAAAGUAGUAAACAUUCAUCGAGCUAUCCGUUUUUCUCAAAGUAAAUGGAUGGCAUCAUACAUAAAAUUAUGUACAUCUAUGAGAGUACAAGCUAAAAACGAGUUUGAGAAGGAUUUCUGGAAGUUGCUAAUUAAUAGCGUUUUUGGUAAAUGUAUGGAGAAUGUUCGAGCAAGAACUUCUAUAAAACUGGUUUCUUCAGAACAAAAAGCAAGGAAAUUAAUGGCGAAAACUAGUUUUAAAGACAGAACUAUAUAUUCUAAGAAUCUCAUGGCCAUUCAUCAGCAUAAGGAAACAAUUAAAUUCGACAAGGCAAUUUAUGUAGGAUUUGCAAUUUUAGACGUUUCGAAAACAUUUAUGUAUGACUUCCAUUAUAAUGUAAUGAAGAAAAGGUAUGGUACUAAAAUUAGUUCUUUAUAUUCGGAUACUGAUUCCCUGAUAUAUACUAUCCAAACAACAAAUUUUUUUGACGAUUUAAAAAAUAGUUUAUUACCACAUUUUGACACAUCUAAUUAUCCUAAAGACCAUUGUUGCUUUAGUGAAAUUCAUAAAAAUCAACCAGGGUUCUUUAAAGAUGAAAUGAAGGAAUUAUAA